ACAGGAGAGAUUUUUGGAGAGCAUCCGCACGUCAGUCAUCUCCCAUGUGACAUCCAGGCCAGAGAUGGAGCGAAUCGCGAAGAUGGUGUUGGUGACGUCAGUGCUCGUCUUCAGCGCCAGGAGUGGGCAGGCGACGUCAGACGGUCGCGCUGCGGAAGAGAAACUCCUGCGAGAUAUCAAGGAAGGUCUGGAGAGGAUUGACCUCCAGCUGAUGCGUCUGUUGGACGUCGUUGCCCCGCCCACAACCACGCCCGCGGUCACGACGUCCCGCCCAUUGACCUCAUCCACUACAACCACUGAUUCUCCGGCGAAAACCACCGAUGCUUCAGUUACAACUACCGAUUUUGCGGUUAAAACCACAAAUUCGCCGGCUACAACCACAGACUCUUCCGUUAUAACCACAGAACCUUCAACUAUAACAACAAAUCCUUCGGCUACGACCACAAACUCAUCUGUUAUAACCACAGAACCUUCGGUUACAACCGCAAAUUCCUCGGCUGCAACCACAGACUCCCCUGUUAUAACCACAGAUCCUUUAUCUAUAACAACAGAUCCUUCGGCUACAACCACAGACUCCCCUGUUAUAACUACAGAUUCUUCGAGUAUAACCACAGAACCUUCGGUUACAACUACAAAUUAUUCACCUUCUUCGGCUGCAACCACAGACUCACCUGUUAUAACUACAGAUCCUUCGGUUACAACCACAAACUCCUCUGUUAUAACUACAGAUCCUUCGUCUACAACCACAAAUUUCUCAGCUACUACCACAGACCCUUCUGCCACACCCACGCCUUCAAAUACAACCUCAGAUCCUUCAUCAACCGCAGGUCCUUCUGCAAACACAACCCCAGUUCCUUCAGACACAUCCCUCGGGACUCCCUUAAAAACACCACAGGAUUCCUCGACGUUAACUUCCUCAGAGCGAACACUAGCCACCACCGAGGACCAGGAUGUUAAUGGCACUUCCGGGGUCAAGGUUAGAGGCAAGAGGUCGAUCGAGGUCAAACGGGGGGUCAGGGAGGUCAGGCCGAGGCAGGAGGACGCUGUAAUAAGGGCGAGGACGACCCUGCUCCCCCCUGCGAUCUGCGAGGAGGAGGACGACCUCUGCGCGCGGCUCCUCGAGGUCAUGGAGGGCGUCGGGAACGUCACCCGGGAGGUCAACCAAGGCCAGGAGACGGAGGACACGCUGAAGGAGAUCCACGCCCUCGAGGAGGAUCUACGGCAGGUGGUGGACCAGGUGAAGAGCGACCCGACCUUCGUAGAGAGACUGGAGAGGGACGCCUUGGUCUCAGGCGUUAAGCAACUGCAGCAGGGUCUGGAUGAUGCUGACGGAACUUUGGCCGAGAAACUGAUAAGGAUGAAUAAGGUCAGCCCUUGGCUCCUGAUAGUCUUGGCAUCUGUAGGGGGCGGGAUCCUUCUGGCACUCCUUGUGGUGGGUGUGUUCGCGAUCCACAAGCAGAAGAAACUGAGGGUGGAGGACGAACUCAGGAAGACCAACGCCACCAGCAUCCCGGUCCAGAGCUUCAAGGAGAUGAACGGCUACGACAACCCGUCCUUCCAGCAGGAUUCCCCGACCUCCUCCUCCAACCCGUUGUCCUCCUCCAGCCUCCAGCAGUGUCCUCCGCCCAGCCUGAUCCCUCGACCUCGAAGUAGCAUCGAGUCCUACACCCAGCGAGAACCCCCCCGCUCCUCCUUCGACACCAGAAGCCUCCCAAACGACAGCCGUCCCUCACGUGAUCCUCGAGGAACCUACGACUCGGGGCAGAAGAGGACACCCAGCCCUUACUACAGCGUCCCUCGGCCCCUUGGAGAUCCUCGACGCGGCAUCCCUGACGACUCUCGCGUCCGUCGUCUCUCCGGCAGAAGCGACGCCGAGGAGGACCUACACGACCCUUACUCCUUAGAAGGGCGUGGACACAACGUCAGGAGGGUACACUCGGGACGCCUCAUGAGGAUCGACCCGUGAAAAAAAUGGAAAAUGAAAAAUGGACGACGAAGAUCUGAGAAGAAGAAAAAAAAAAAAAUUCUUGCGUGAAGAAAAUGGAAAAUGAAAAAUGGACGACGAAAAUCUGAGAAAAAAAGAUUUAUUCUUGCGUGAAAAAAAAAAAAAAAUAAAAUGGCUGUCGAAUAUCAACCAAAAUCAAACACUGGGUUUAUUCUUGCGUGAAAGGAUGAAACUAUUUUAUUCGAUAUUUUCUACUUUUUAUUUUCUUUUUUUCUUUUUUUUCUCUCUUUCUUGGAAGUAGAAAGAAACGGGAGAUUAUAUUUAUAACGAUUUUAGAUUAAUACACAUGACACAUGUAAUGGGUUUGAAUAGGAAGUUAUCAGCCAUUUUGAAGGAAAUAUGUUUUCAAUAUCGCAUUUGUAUAAUAAAAUGAUAAAACAAAAAACA